UAUUAUCUAAUUUAGCUGUCGCGAGUAGAUUUAUUUUACCAAUCUUGGAUUAUCGAAACUACUGCUACUAACAUUCAGCAUAAAAUGUCAGCCUCCACUGAUGUGAUAUGAAUGUCAAAUUUAUCUUCUCAAAAACGAAUUGAUUAUGGAGAAAAUAUCAUUGAUGGCCACGUAGAAUUAUAGAAGAUACAACUAUGGCCCUACUUAAGGCUUUUUCAAGGCGAAUGCACAUCCUUAAAUACCCUGUCAAUCUUGGGAAAGAUGCCGGGAAAAGACAAAUUGUACAGAACAGAUAUUUUACAUUUGACAAUUACCCUAGGUUAUCUAGACAACAAGUGACUUUCUACUUAAGAUAUCAUGAGUACAACAGUGAAGAUUUGAAUGAUGGUGCAGUAAAAAACUUUAUGACAAACAAAUUAGCCGCAAACCAACCAAUUGAAGACCGUGCUGCUCAAGUGAGACUUAGAUUAAAUGAAUCUGAUAGUAAACCUGGGCAGUACAUCCGUUCUUUGGCAAACCUUAUGAAGGAUUUUGGACAAGAAUACUAUGCAAAUGAAUUGAAAACCCUUUGCAAUGAUCUAAAUACAAAGCAAAUGGCUGGAGAUUGUAAAGCUGUUCUUGGACAGCAAGUAGAAAGUGAAACAUUUGUUGCUAAAAACUUGUCCAGAGAACAUUGUGCAGAAAAUUUGGACGAAGUAGAAAGGUUAAACAAUCAGCAUCCUAACGAGCAAAAUAUCAUCCUAAGGAAUGGAAGGCUUCUUGGAGAUCUUGCACCUCUUAGAGCAUUUGGCGAUGCUCGGUACAAGUGGCCUGCAAGAGUUAUGAAACAUGUAUUGAAUGUUGCAAAUCCAAAUGUGAUAAGUAUAUAUGGGGAAAAUUUAAUACCAACUAAUUACAAAAGCCCACCUUACCUCACAGCCGAACCUGAAGUGAUUCAUCAUUCUCUUAAACCAAAUGACAAGUUUUUAAUUCUCGCAACAGAUGGUUUAUGGGAACAUCUAGAUGAGCAACAAGUUGUGGAUCUUGUAGCAGCUCACAUGGAUGAACGUCAAAUUUUGACUGAAUUUGUCUUGCCAAGAAACGAUAUAACACUGAGAGAAGUUAAUGAAAUUUUGAAAGUGAGAAAACGUAAGCUAGCAAAGAAACCUGAAGAUGAAAAUGUAGCUACGCAUUUACUUAGGAUGGCACUUGGUCCAGCUCAUGGACAAAUUUCUCAAUAUCUGACAUUGCCAGAGUCUGUUGUGCGAGCUUACAGAGAUGAUAUCACUAUCACUGUGAUAUAUUUUGACACAGAUUAUUUAGUAAAAAGGAUCUCAUAGAUCUGUGUUUUUGAUAAAGAAAUAUUGUAGAGUUUACCUUAAUUCAAUUAUUAAUAUCUAACUGAUAAUACUCAAAAUUAACAACAAGGGAAGCAAGAAAACAUGCAUAUUAGCCUUAAACUUUAUAAGUUUAAAAGUGUUAUAAUGUUUACAUAAAUGAUAAAUGUUAUUUUUUGCAAAAUCUCUUAUAUUUAUUAAGUGCUCAUCAUUAUUGUUUUAUCUGAUCUGUUUGUGUAACUUACUCAGGUAAGCACAAGCAAGGGCUUGCUUAGAAGUGACCACUAUGAUUUUAAAUUUGAAAACCCAGCCUCAUAUAUUUCAAGUAGAGUUUAAAUUUAUACAUUGUCCCUAACAGAAUAAGUUGUAUUUGAUUUUCUUAAUUUUCACAAUGUUCUUUUAUAAUGAAAACAAUAGUAAAUUAUCAACAACAAAAAAAAAAUAGAAGAAUAAAAAGUUAAUGCAUAAGAAUUUGAACUAUAAAGAAAAAGGCAUUAAGAAUUUUACUCUCAGGCACUAAAGAGAAGAGAACAGCAUGAAGAAUUAGUAAAAGCUUAAAAUUUCAAUUGAAAGCGAUAGAUACAAUGAAAUUUAAUAGUUAUUCAAGAAAUGGUUUUGUUUUGUUUGAUAGUUUGUAACACUUGUAAGCAUAUCUUAUGACUUUGAUUUUUACAAUGCACCACCAGUAUUCCUCCAAUUAUCAGGUUGUUGUUUACCAAGCUAGCAUAAAAAAUUUUAGACAUUUUUAUAAUUGUCGGUUAUCCGCGGUAUAUAUUCCAUAUAUGUGAUGACGAUGAAAUUUUAUGUACAUGUACUACAUGUCAGUAAAUCUGAUUUUCAUUGAACUAUCAAUGUAUUAAUAUUACCUACAUACAAGGUUGCUGUAAAUUUAUGAAUUGAUUUUGCUGUACUUUAAAGGCCCAUUUAGCCUAAAAAUGCAGAAAAAUAUAUUUUUCUGAAAUUUAUAUUUUUGGUGUGCUUUGACAUUUUUUCAUAAGGUAGCUCAUUCAGGCCAUAAUACAAGUAACUGGGCCAUCUUUUGCAUUUUGGCAGUUAGUAUAUUAUAAUGGCUUGGUAAAGUGUUUUUUCCAUAUAUUUUGUAUUGAAGUCAAAAUACCACACUGUUUACAUUUUGCUUUCUUUAUCACAAAUUAUUUUACAUUUAAUUUCAGUGUUAUUUUCUCCAGGUGAUCAGCUUCUUACAUUUUCUAAACUCGAUUUUACAACAUUAUAAAACACAUGUGUGCUGACUUUAUACAUAAAGAAAAAAAAUAAUAUCUGAGACCUAAUGUGCUUUUAAGCUACAAAAGCAGUUAUGUAGGAUUAUGAAUUUGUUAUACAGACUUGACAGGAUAAUUGACCUUGUUUAAAUAGAUGUUCGCCAGCAGUCUGAAUUAUGUUAUAGAAAAAUUACUAAGUUCAUAAACUUACCACUGUUUUAUACAUAUAACCAGUCAGAUAAGUAAUAAUCAAAGAAUUCCUUCAAAUGUUUUUUUUCCCCCUGCUUCCAACCACAUUGGCUCUGUUUAUUCAUUCAAACUACUAGUACCCUCCUCGUUUUAAGGGUGUUUUUUUUUAUUAACAUUGUAGAAUAUGCUGGGAACUGGAAGAAAAUAUUGUUUAUGUCUAUAUUGUUAAGUAACAGGAGCACUGACAUGUUUUGAUGGUGGUUUAAUACACCAAUAAACAGUUUUGAUAUGAACUACCGGUACAUAAAUAACCGAGGUAUAUCAAGUGAAAAUAUAUGAGUUGUUUCCCUUAUCUUCUAAAAUCAAUAUCUCUAAUGCUUAAACAAUACAAAUUAAGCAGUUUUUAGACCGCUAGUUUGUUGUGAUUUAAUGUCUGAUAAUAAAUUCAUUUCACCAAUGGAAAACUUUGGAUCUUAGCUUCGUCACAGAAUAUACUUCAACACUUCUUUGACACCAACAUAUUUAAAUUAACUGUAAAAUGUUCCAUAUGUCCAGGUAUUUAUAUUAACAUUAAUAUACGUACCUGAUAUGUCAAACCAUUAUACAGUGAGAUACUCAACUUGCAAAAUUACUGAUAAGAAUAGCCUGUCGUUUGCAAGUUCAGAAACUGUUUAUCGGUGUAUUGUCUGAUUUGUUACACAUUUGUUUAAAAUGUUUUAGAAUGCUCUUGUAUAAUUUUUGAUAAUUACCUGCAUCUAUGUCUGUCUAAAAAGUUGUUUUUUUCUAAAAUUGCCAUAAACUAUGCUUAUAUGUAGUAUAUGUAACAUAUAUGUGCUGUGAAACUAUUACGAGUGCUUUAAUGUCAGUUUUAAACCUAAAUUUCCCUUAGAGAUAACAUUUCUUGUACAAUGGAACUAUUCAAGAAUUAUUUUGUCAAGCUUGCAUUAUCUUUGUAAAAUAGAUAUGUGAGUAUACUUACAUAUUCAAAUAAUAACUCAGUCAAUGGCAAAAGAGGUGGCAUGGUCAAGUGGUUAAAAUGUCUGACUAGUACUAAUCUAAGGAUGGAUGUCCAGGCGGGUUCAAACCCCAUCAAGAGCAACCCAUUGUUUCCUUGAGCAAGAAACUUUUCACUCAAGCUCAUUGCUUAGUGAUGUUUAUAUUCCAGAAAUAGAUUUAAGCUUACAGUUUCUAUAACAAUCAAACUAAAAAUAAAUUGUAAUGAUAAUGAAUCAAGUAGAACAAACAAUCAAAACAAGAUGAUUGUUUUUUAGCUCACCCUGAGAUUGUUGAAUGUCCUUUGUCUGUCGCAUUGUUUUUUAGCUCUUUCUGAGAUCGUUGAAUGUCAGUUGUCUGUCGCCUGUCCACAUUUUGUUCGUUAACACUAGCGGUCACAUUUUUGCCUCAAUCAUCAUCUAACUUUCUCAGGAUGCUUGUCUAGGUAGUUGCUCGGAUGGGUUUGAUGGGUCAGGUGAGCAAUCUAGGGCUAUCUUGGCCCUCUUGUUUAAUAAUGAUAACGGAAGCUUCGACUCUUACCAAUCUUCAGCAGGGUUAUAAAAUAUCAAAAUUUAAUAUCUAAAAAAAAAUUCUGUAUUUAUACACUGAUAAGAUGGCUAAAACGUGUACACAUGCUAUUUAAAGAAAAGAAAGUGCUAUAUAAAUAUUCGUCCAUAUUUUAUUUACAGAAAAGAAAGUGCUAAACAUGUUUAAAUGUUCAUACUUGUUAGAAAGGAUAUAAGAAAAUUGGUAUUAAUAUGACAUGAUAGUUUUAUUAUGAACAUUUAGUUUAGAAUUUAUUUUUAUCUCAUUAUGUGUCAAUUUUUCCACAUUUCAAGUUGUUUUGUUUUACAUUAGAAUUAUAUAAUUUAGCAAUGAUAAAAACAGAAAUAUCACAACUACAAACAAUAUUUUUUUCUUCCAUGCAAUUUAGCACUAAUUAAGGGCUGUAUCCUGUAGUCAAAACAAAUGAUACUUUCAGAUUCAUGCAAAUUUUCAUGAAAAUUUGAAAAUGUAUUUAAAAGUUAAAAAUAUUAUGAAGUGAACAAAGAAAAUAAUUUACACAUUGCAAACAGCACUGACAUUAUCUACAUGAAAUAACCCAAAACAGGUCAAAAUAUGCAAAAAAGAUGUUUUUCUAGAUUUGAAGUUAUGGGAUUAAUUCUUUGAUCUUCUUUGACUUCUAAAACCCCAUAGCAACUUAUUUCCACCUCAUAAGCAUUAGAAAAGUGAUAUUUUCCCAAAUUUUUAUUGAGAAAAGUGAGAUUUCGUCAUAAAUAGACAGCAGCCGUGUAUAUAAAACUAUAUAUAAUGUCACGAUUAUCCAAUGAAAUUAGCGAGGUUACAAACGUGCAGUAUUAUAAUUAGUAGUUCUACACUAAUGCACAUACUCAAAUUAGUUUUGUAGCAAAAUAAUAACAAUGUUAAUGCCAGAAAAUGAAAUAUCAAUCAAUGAAGCUCAAAAUAAAUGAUUUUAUAGAAAGCUUUAUCUGAUGAAAAUUAUAAUUUUUAAUUUUUUUUUUUUUUUCAAAAGUAAAAUUGUUGCUUCCAUAAUCAUGUUGUUGAUGCUUGGAAAAGUUGUUAUACAGAAUGUCUUUGUUAUUUUAACCAGUUAGUAAAAAAAUUGUGCAUUUCAAUUUUGUUAUUCACUCUUAAAGCAUCACACCUGAAGAUUCAUCCUAAUUUUUAGCUCGACUAUUCGAUAAGAAUAAGAAUAGUAGAGCUAUUGUAGUCACCCGAGCGUCGGCGUAACCACUAAUGUUAAAGUUUUUGUAAUACCUAAAGUUUUUGUAAUACCUCACUCAUGCCCCAGAGGUCAUUGAUUUUCUACAUAUAGUAAAAACAGAAACUAAAGCAAAUGUUUUCUGAAAAUGAGAAAGCAAGAGCUUAGAUGUUUGACAUGAAACAUUAAUUGUCUGGUGGACCUGUAUCAAGAUUUUCAGAAUUAAUCCCUUGGGUCAAAAUUUUGCCCUGCUCAAGAGGACUUUUUUGUCCUUUGUUGUACAGCUAUGAAAUUUGGACUAUGUGCACAAUUUUAAAUGUAAAGUUGAACUUUGAGAUCAGCUGAGCUAGAUUUUGAUGAUGUGACCUCUUUUCUUGUCCUUUGAUGUACAGUCAUGAAUUUUAGGCCAUAUAAAAGAUGACCUUGACCACCAAAUUCACUAGACUCAACUGCAUAAUGUUAAAGUUCAUUUAUAUAGAAACAGAAUAAACUCUUCUGUUUCUACACUACUAUUUAGUGUUGUAUGAUAUAAUGCGGUGGCUUAGCAUUUUUCACAAAUGCAAUCUCGCUAUGAUCAUGCUUCAGCCUGAAAAAGGAAACUAUAAACUGAAUUCUGAAAGCUGCACGCCUCCAGAUGAGCAAAAAUAUUUCGAUAAAAUCAAACCUGAGAAAAAUGUUCUAAGAUUUUAGGAGAAGUAUAUAAAGAUUCAAAAUUCUAGUAAAAAUUUACAUGUUAUGUGCGAUUAAUGACCAAAUUUUUCAGUAUUUAUAACUUAUAAUAUUUCUACUGCGUCUCUUAUAAUUUCAGUUCCCUUUCAAUAUGUAACACCUUAAAUGGCUGUGUCCACCUUUCAACCUGAACAUUACCAUGUCUCAUUUUAGGGCAUUUAAAAAUAUGUAUUGACAGAAUAGCUAACAGUGCAUUUAGUGCUCGACAAUUUUUUUAAGCCAAUCACCGACGAGGAUUUUUCAAAUUUUCAGGUUACAAAUCUUAAUAGAACAGAUUUUAUAUAAACUGGACGUUUUAUAUCAUAAAACGCAAGUGGGCAGAGCACUAAGCCGGUUAGAGUGCAUAUUGGAUGUUCUUCGUAAAUAAGAAAGCUACAGUCGCUUCGCAAGCUCCGCUCCUUUUUAGCUUUCUUAUUUACGAAGAACACCCAAUAUGCACUCUAACCUAUACAUCAUGGAUCAGAUUUCACAUGUGCCAACUGAUCUUGGCUUGCACUGGGCGCAUGGUUAGAUUCAGUCCAUGCCAAGCAGGCUGACGGUUACUUGUAUGAAUCCUUUAUUUUUACAGGGUUACAUUUACCACAGACAUUUACUAGUAUGCUAAAUGUGCUGUUAUUUAUGUACGGAACACAAUUGGUUAAAGGGAGAUAAAUACUAUUUGACUAACACUUUAAUAUUUAGAGAGUUUUUGCCACUUGCUUAAAACUGAUUUAUUUAGGAUUGUUAGUUUUCUGUUUUGUCUUUGUAUGAUUUUCUUUAUAAUAAUGUUUGACAUAAUAUUAGGAUAAAUGUUUGCUUGUUAAAGUACUUACUAUAAGUGAAGUUUUCCAAAUUUUCUUGUCAAAAAUUUUUUUGCGCUGUCGGGGACAAGUCAUUAAAUAUUUCCUUUAGAAAGAAAAGUUAUAAUCAUUGCUUGGUACUUGUUAGUUCCAGUAACAGAUCCAGUAGUGAUCUGGCAUACAUGUAGUACAUCACCAUUCAAAAAUUAAAUUACACAAUGUAUAAGAUAAUGUUUUGUUAAAUCGGUUAAAAAAUACUCAAAACUAAUCUUGGCUAUAUUACAUUAUCAGUUUUGUACUUUAAAAAGUAACAAUUCUAUAGUUUUGCAAUGAAAUAAGGAAUUUUUUGUUCCCAGUGUCGAAGUAAAAAUCUACUGCUCAUAUUUCAAAGUCCCUGCUUUAACCUACAAUUUACCAUAUUGUAGACAUCAUGUAGAAAUUGUUGCUUUGUAACAAAGUGUUAUUUAAUUAUACAUGUACAUAUAUGUAUAUAUAAAGUGAUGGUUUAAAUAUUGACUCUUUAGUUUUUUGUUUGUUUAUGUUUUGUUUUUAUUUUAUUGUAUGUUCUUAAUAAUUAACAACAGACAAUUAAAUUAUGAUUU